UAGAUCCUGUGUAGCUAUAUUACUCCGCUGUCGUAAAUGCUGUUAAAAACAUAGAUGGUUUUACGCGUCGCUCAAUCAUGAGGACAUAGAUAUUGCGUUUUAGAUGCAGAGAAAAUUAGCAUUUGGAUGCUAACAGGCCGACACUAGCGUCAUUUUCAGCUUACAAGGCGGACUACGUAACAUGGCGGACCGACAUCGAAGGCGCUCUUCGCGUUUUCCUUUUUGAGAAAGUGCUCGGAGUUUUGGUAAUAGAGGAGGAGGGUGAACCAAACCGAGCCGGGUUGAAGGGUCUUGGGGGUAGCAUCACUUUCGAAAGUUUGUCACGGUUAUUUCCUGGAGUCUCCAAAUCUCCAAACUGCUCUGGUUUGUUUACGUUUUGUGGCCCAGGCGUGUAGCCUAUGCGUGUUAUCAGCCAUUUACGAAACACCGCGCUCCGGCUCUUCUAGCUGGUGUUUAGAGACUCGCCUCAGUCGCCUCAAUAUAAUGUUACCGAGCCGGAUCGGAUCGGCACCAUCUGGAAACGGGUCAGCUUCAGGCAGAGGUAACACGGGACACGGUUCGGGGAUUGUCGGUAGCGGGAUCCGUCCCGUUUUAAUCAGAGCAGGGCAAGCUUUACCGGGAGUCAGCGAGGGUGCCGGGAGACAGGGGGACAGGGACGCCGUCGGGAUGCUGGGGUCUAACGGUCCAGGGGGGUCGAGAGUGGCGAGACCGGGGAACGGGACCGGGGUGACCACUCUGCAGACCGCCGUCCAGGGCAACAUGGUGGGGCUAAACACCGGGGUUGUGUUGCCGCACGGAGCCAGGUACGACCCGGACAGAGAGAGCGCUCCUCUGUGCAGCGGCUCGGAUAAUGACUCGGACUCCGGAGACGAUGAUGACCCAGUGGGUUCACUCGGGGACAGCAGGAGAGGGGUGAAACGGGAGCGAGGGGAGAUGGAGGCUGUGGUGACGGGGCAGGAGGUGGGAAUACCUCCCGGAGGUUACGGCAUGGUGCCCGGGGUCGCGGGGGCAAAGCCGGGGAAGAAAACACGUGGGCGCGUAAAGAUAAAGAUGGAAUUUAUUGACAACAAGUUGAGACGUUACACCACCUUCAGCAAGAGGAAGACUGGUAUUAUGAAGAAGGCCUAUGAACUCUCCACCCUGACGGGGACCCAGGUUCUACUGCUUGUGGCCAGCGAGACGGGUCACGUCUACACGUUUGCCACCCGCAAACUCCAACCCAUGAUCACAAGUGAAACGGGCAAAGCUCUGAUCCAGACAUGCCUCAACUCGCCGGACUCGCCGCCGCGCUCCGACCCCUCCACGGACCAGCGCAUGAGUGCCACGGGCUUCGAGGAGACGGACCUCACCUAUCAGGUGUCUGAGUCGGAGAGCAUGGGCGACACAAAGGAUACACUGAAGCCAACGUUCACGGUGGCCAGCCUACCGGGCAGUACCAGCAGCGCCCAGUGCACGGUACCCACCACCUCCACCACCAUGCAGGUGAGCAGCGGCUCUUCGUUUCCCAUCACCAACUACCUGGCGCCCGUCUCGGCCAGCGGCAACAUCAGCGCCAACGGUACUGUCCUCAAGACCACCGGAGCCUCCGCGGGGGUCAUGCAGCUGCCCAGUGGCUUCACUUUCAUGCCCGGAGCAGGGGUUCCCCAGCAGCUCCAGGCUAUCCAGGUACACCACAACACCCAGUCCACCUCCAACAGUGACAGCAGCCUCGACAUCUGCCACACCUCCACAAACUCCACCGCGACGGUGAGUCUCCCAGCAACCAUCGUCACCUCGUCAGUGCCAACGUCUGUUGCGGGUCACAUGAUGUACCCCAGUCAGCACACAGUGAUGUACGCCUCCACGCCGGGGCUGACCGACGGGGGGCUGGCUGUGCUCAACGCCUUCUCCCAGGGCACCUCGGCCAUGCAGGUGUCCCACGCACAGGCCCAAGACUCAGGUGCUGUCCCUCAGGUGUUCCUCACAGCACCUCCAGGCACGGUGCAGAUCCCCGUCUCUGCGGUGCAGCUUCACCCAAUGGUGAUUGGUCAGCAGUCGAGCGGCAGCAGCAGUAACCUGACGGAGCUCCAGGUGGUCAACUUGGACGCAGCACAGAACUCAAAGAGCGACUGACGGACGGCUGGAGCUGUUUAACGCGGCAGAUCCAGUGACAUGGACGGACAGACUUGUAUACAUCUCUAUUUAUUGAUGCCUUCCUACAGAGUUUCACAUUACACUUGGGAAUGUGACUUUAAAAUACAUCUAUACACAGAAUCAAGGGCAUAUGUGUGGCUGACCCGUAUACAGUAUGUUUUGGUAUAUAUAUAUAUAUAAAUAUAAUAUAUAUAUAUAUAUAUAUUCGCAAAUGCAUAGGAAAUAUAUUACGACAUCUAUCAUCGGAACCUAUUUUCUAUGCCGUUAUUUUUUCUGUGUGAGUGUGUUUUUUUUUUCGAAAAUGUGUUAUUUCAUGUACACACACACUGCGAGGUGCCGCAGAUUCACACCAGCCAAAGAGACAUUUGUUUGUCUGAAUGUUCCAGUGUGAGCAACUUGUGCACAAGCGUGUGUCUGUGUGCGCGCAUAUCUGGGGUUUGUAAAUGGGUGGGGAGACGUUUAUUGACUUAAAAAAAGAGACAUUAGGAAAUGUACAUAGUUUUUUUUAUUUUUAUUGAUAACUUGUAUUUUUAGCCUGGUUUAGUUUGUGCAACGGCAUGUAGUUGUUUUUUUUACGUAGUGGUUUUGUAUGUACAUGAAAAUGAUUUGCUUGAAAAUGAAUUAUUUACAUGUAUAUGUAAAUUAAUUUAAUAUACCAUCAUAUGUUGAUAUAUUGUCAUGCUGUUGGGAGUUUUCACUUCAAGAUGGAGAAAGAACGCUGGAUGUUUUUCUACAUGUUUUGUUUGUGACAUUUGUAGGACCGUCCCUCAAACAGGAUCUAGUAUCUGGGUCACAACAUGUAGAACAUAAGAUAAUUAUGAUUUACUGUUAACAUAGACUUUUUACUUUAGCUGGGAAGGUUCCAGUGCAGAUGGCAUCAUCAUUUAGCAUGACAUCGGUUUUGCAUGUGAGGUUUCCUAAUGGAGCCCUGAUCUGGCACUUUCUAAGUGUGAAAACUGUUAAAACUAUGACAAUCUGAUGGAAAUUUAAUUUCUCACCUUUUGACAAACUGCUAUCUUAUUUUCACCUGUCUACACACAGCCAUGCAGUACAAUUCUGAGAUUUUUUUUAAACAUAACUAUUAACAUCCUUUAAGUGAUUUUUAUUGCCACACUUGUUGACUUAAUACUUAUAUGGGUAACAAACCUGAGUGUGCCAAACAGGUUUUCAUGACAUAUAUAUAUAUAUGAACUCUAUGUUUAAAAAGCAAUCCAUUGCCUCCACUUGACUGCAGAACGUCAAUGUUAUGAUGCUAUUACUGACUUGAGUCAGGGCGAUGGACACAAAUCUCUUGUUUAACAAGACACUGUAUAGAAUUGGCAAUUCCACUUCAAUACUGCAAUUAAUGCAUUGUUUCUUUGUAUGGAAGCACUCUGUUAUUCAGUGCAGUUUAAAUGCUGUAGUGUUACAACAGUAAUGAGUGAAUAUUUUUGUACGAACAUGGAUCUCUUAUUUAGGAAAAGUGACUUCAGGUGCUUUAAAAUGUUGAUAUACUCCUUUAACAACAACUGUUAAGACCCUAGCUGACUGCAAUCUCAGUGUGUAUCUCAGCAAUCAUUAAGAAUGAGAGAGUUACGAGACUGAGAGCCUUCUUUCUGCACCAUAGUGCCUCUGUUAACCACGGCUAAAUCACUGCUAGGCAUGGGAAACGUAGGAUCUACUUAUUUCAAGACCACCUUACAUGACUUUAUGUACAAUCCUCUGCUGUUAGAUUUUUUUCGACUCAUUUCUACAGAAUUAGCUGGAUGACUGAGCAUGCUGGCUUGAAGCCAAAGAGAAUGUGACAGAGGAUAACGUACCCAUGCCGACUGCUGUACAGUUAUUCACUGGCAAGAGGUCAUUUUCACGCUCGCUCGAUGUUUGCUGGUCUGCUCCUGUACAUGUCAUGUCAUCCUAAAAGGGUUUUUAUUGUGUAGGAAAUGUACAGGUUAAUGACAUUCAAUGCCCCCAUAUUAUCUGGUGAUUUUUUCAAAAGUGUUAUUUUAAAAAGGAGAUUAUUGAACAGAAUUUGUGGUUUUCACCUUGUCAUUGAGAGAAAUGGUUAUUUUAUGUAUUUUAGUUUUGUUGUACAGACAUUUUGUAAUAAAAACAUGAUGAAACACAAAGAAACGUUUAAAUAAUGA